GCUGGGGUUCAGUCCGACCCAAGAUGGCGGCUUCCAUCGCCUCGCAUUAUCCCCCGUCGUUGCCUAAACGCUUAAACUGAUGCCGAGGCAGGGCAGGGAGAGGCUCGACGCGAGGACUAAGACGUCGCCGAUGACCGGUGAGAGCGCUUUGCUUAUGGUUGUCGUGUGCGGGGAGCCGGCCUGAGGAGGGCGGUCUUAUCCGAGGAUGGCCACCGACAACAGGAUCCAUUUUUGGAGGAGAAACGCAAAGGUUCCCGGAAGGUACCCCAAAGACACCAAGCUGAAGUUCAACAAUCUGAAGUCUAAAAAGACGUCGAGCUUCCACGAGUUUGCCCGCAGCACAAACGAUGCCUGGGACAUUGACGACGACCAGGAAGAUGACGAUUUCUUUGGAGGCCCCGCCCUCUGCUCUACCCUGCCAUCUGGGUUCACUCCAAAACAGCAUGGUGGAAUGUCACACUUGACAGGGGAGGACGCGGAGCACGAGCAUGUCAACGGCAAAGUUGUCAAGUCCAACAGCGAGGUGCACCUCAGCUCGUCCUCAGUUCGCUCCACGCUGCAGAAACAGCAGUCUCUCCCGGUUCGACCCAUUAUCCCGCUUGUGGCGCGCAUUUCGGACCAGAACGCAUCGGGAGCCCCUCCCAUGACGGUGAGGGAGAAGAGCCGACUGGACAAAUUCCGGCAGCUGCUCGCUAGUGCCAACACUGACCUAGAGGAGCUCCGUAAGCACAGCUGGUCAGGUAUACCCAGGGAGGUCCGUCCCAUCACAUGGAGGCUUCUUUCUGGUUACCUGCCGGCUAACAAGGAGCGCCGUGAGCUGGUGCUCAAAAGGAAGCGGGAGGAAUACUUUGGCUUCAUCGUGCAAUAUUACAACUCCAGAACAGAUGAGCACUACAAAGACACGUACCGACAGAUUCACAUCGACAUUCCAAGGACCAACCCUCUCAUUCCAUUGUUCCAGCAGCCUGUUGUGCAAGAGGUGUUUGAGCGUAUUCUCUUCAUCUGGGCAAUUCGACACCCGGCCAGUGGUUAUGUCCAAGGAAUCAAUGAUCUGGUCACACCCUUCUUUGUUGUCUUCCUCUCCGAGUUUGUCAUGGAGGACAUGGAGAACUUUGAGGUCGCUGCCCUGCCUCUGGACACGCAAAGAAACAUCGAAGCGGACAGCUUCUGGUGCAUGAGCAAGCUGCUGGAUGGAAUACAGGACAACUACACCUUUGCUCAGCCGGGAAUCCAGAACAAAGUCAAAGCUUUGGAGGAGCUUGUCAGCCGAAUUGAUGAGGACAUUCACAAUCAUUUCAAAAAGUAUGAGGUGGAGUAUUUACAGUUUGCCUUCCGCUGGAUGAACAAUCUGUUGAUGAGGGAACUUCCACUGCGUUGCACCAUCCGUCUGUGGGACACCUACCAGGCUGAAGCAGAAGGAUUCUCCCACUUUCACUUGUACGUCUGCGCUGCGUUCCUCACUGAGUGGCGCAAAGAAAUCCUCUCCAUGAUUGACUUCCAGGGCCUUCUGAUACUACUGCAGAACCUUCCCACAAUCCACUGGGGCAAUGAAGAAGUGGGCCUCCUGCUGGCUGAAGCUUAUAGACUGAAGUACGUGUUUGCAGACGCUCCCAGCCACUACAAGAGGUAGACGUCCUGUUCGCUGCACAUUCAACUAGACUCUGUGUCUGGCGUCCCCUCAAAGACACUGAUGUGUUGAUCUAAAACCGUCCUCACACUGGACUAAGGAGGUCCACACGGUGUUUAAAGAUCUCCAUCGUUUGCUAUUGAACACUGGACUGUUAGACUUUAAAGCACACGCCUACGCUAUCUUGCUGCAGUCAUGCGACUGAUUGUUUCUCCCGUCCUAAUGUCUUCGGAGGAGACCUUUUCGUCCUUUUUUAAAGGGAUGACGAAUGUCUUGAUCAUUCGGAAUCGAAGAUGAUCGACACGUUUUAUUUCUACUGGUUUUGGGGUUACUGUUUUAAGGAUUAAUCAUUACCUAACAGGUUGAAAAUGUUGAUGUACAGUACAGUCGUCCCUUGUCUAUCGUGGCUAAUUGGUUCCAGGUCUGACCGUGGUAAACAAAUUCACACCAAUUAGGAUUAUUGUUAGUAAAUAUUUUCAUCAUUAGAGCAUAAAAAAACCUUAUGACUUUCUAAAUAUGUUUUUUUAACAUAAUUACAGCCCUCUAAAGUUGAAAUAAAAUCCAUAUAGUCACCAUUACACUAACCUUGAGUGUGUUAUACUGUAGAUUACAGCAUACUUGCCAACCCUCCCGGUUUUCCCGGGGGACUCCCGAAUUUCAGUGGCCCUCCCGAAAAUCUCCCGGGGCAAACAUUCUCCCGAAUUUCUCCCGAUUUCCACCCAGACAACAAUAUUGGGGGCGUGCCUUAAAGGCACUGCCUUUAGCGUCCUCUCUCACUUUAAAAGGAGACUAUUAUAUAUGUCUCCGUUAUCCAUAGGUUUAUCUAUAACCCAUAAAGUAGGCAGGCACACAGCCAUUUCUCAGCGUGUGUUUAUUCCAGCCGGCACGUUAAUACACUGACACAACAUCCGGAUUCCCAUCAUGCAUUGCUUCAAAACUACGGCAAAGUAGUAAUGUCCAAAAACAUAACAAGAGACGAAGCAGAAGAACGAAGAAGAGACAUGGCGACGACGAGUAAGAAGAAGAAGUACCGGUACGCUUGCAAGUUCCAAAAUGAUUGGAAAAAAUAAUUUCAGUUCAUCCAGGACAGCUCGAAGGGGAAGGGGUAUGCUGCCUGCACAUUUUGUAGAUCAGUCUUCUCCAUUGAACACGGUGGCCAAACAGAUAUACUCAUUCAUGAAUGGAUUAUUUAUAUAUAUAUAUAUGUGUGUGUGUGUGGUGUGUGUGUGUGUGUGUGUGUGUGUGUGUGUGUGUGUGUGUGUGUGUGUGUGUGUGUGUGUGUGUGUGUGUGUGUGUGUGUGUGUGUGUGUGUGUAUAAGAAAUACUUGAAAAUAUAUACCGGUACACACCCCUUCCCCCCACUUCAACCACCCCACCCCAAUUACCGAAUUCGGAGGUCUCAAGGUUGGCAAGUAUGGAUUACAGUACUCACUGGUACUCAAGUGUCAUUGCUAUGACAGUCACCCGGCCACUACAACACGACCACAACGUGGAAAUACUUCAUCACGUCCUGGGUAAUUAGUAGUAGUUAGAACUGGGCUUCAUGUGCUGAAACCACAGGCAUACAUUAUUUUGUAAAAACCUGGUCAACUUGAUCGUCGCAACUACGACCAUUAGCUCUGUUGUUAGCAUUCCGUGUUGUUAGCACAGCGUGUCCCGUGUUGUCAUUGUCACAUUGGUGCUAAUAACAGCCUUGUUAGCAAUAAGUGGCGCGCCAUGUACCGCUUUGUCUCGUCUUUUGACUUUGCUCAAGGCUCACCAAUGUGGAGAUGUGUUAUUGAUGAGGCAGGGGUUGAAGAUGAACUGCAUCAAAAAGUUGGUCUAAUUAUAGUCUCGGUGAGGUUAGCGCCAAGAAUAGCCGCCAUUUUGUUAGCAUUGUUCACCCUUAACCCGGAAACUUAAGUGCCACUUGGUGAAUAGCUUUAUUGAUCGCCACAAAAUAAUAAUAGAAAAUAAGACAAAUACUGCACUCCAAUAUGUAUAAGACACGAACAAAUAAAUAAGGCUUAAUUUAAACACUGGAUUUAGGCCACAAAUAUGUACAAAAUGCUUUAAAAUAUAUGCCUUAUUUUCCGGACUAUAGACCGCAACGCACCCACUAAAUUUUAGAAGAAGAAAAAAUAUUGUCCAUAUAUUAGCCGCACUGGACUAUAAUCCGCAGGUAUCUACGUUGUGAAAUUAAUUAUUUACACAGAAAUAUUUAGUAAAUGUUUAUUUACAUACCUUAAUUAUUUCCACACAAUGUCUGUAACGCGGCAGUAAAACGGAUGAUCAAACAAAACAGAAGUCAUCGCCAUGGACCCACUAGCUGCGGAAGCUAGCUCUCCAAUCAGUUAAACACACACAAUAACUCCACGGCGACGUUUUGGUGAAUUUACUGAGGAAAUUGUGAAACAAACAAUUUAAAAAGAAUGCCGUUGUAAAUUAAUAAUACUAACACUCGUAAACAUGUUAGCAUAUUAGCUAAUUCUACGACGCUAGCUUAAAAAAAUUAUGCUAGCCCGUACAAAUAUGCACGAACACACUCCUACAGACAUUACACAUGAGACGGUUUAGUAAGUAAGAAUAGUUUUAAAUUUACAAACGUGGCUUCAAGUGACGAAUGAAGAAUCCAUUCGAUCAGAAACGCUACGGAUGGCUAGGAGACGAAAUGACACUUCUACUUCAGGUUGAAAGCACUAAAUAAAAAGAACACCGAAGCAUGGCAGCACCUGCUGUGAGCGAACUUGUUCAAAAGAUGGCGCAAUAGCACAAACAGUAACACACCUGUUCAUGAUUUGCGUUAUGGCCGUCAUCGAAGAAAAAUCCAUAAAUUAGUGCACCGUUUUAUAAGCCUCAGGGUUCAAAGCGUAAGAAAAAAGUGGCGGUUUAUAGUCCGGAAUUUAAGGUCUAUAUUUGAAUCUGCGAGGUCGUGAAGCCACACAUAUGGCAUGGGACGACUGUACUUGAAGAUAAUUGUUCUAUAUAUAAAAUAAAGCCAACUCCCCCUUUCAGAUACAUUUUGCUAGCUGUAAUUAGAAUCGGCCAAUCAAACGUCUCCGCUUCAAAGCUCCACCUAAUCUCAUCAGUUUUUGAAUCUCAUGCUGUUAUUUCAUGGUGUGUUUCAGGUGUGCGUACUAAAAGGAGCAAAGAGGUGGACGUUACAUUUCUCCUCGCUAAAAGUGUUUUAGUUUCUCUUUACUUGUGAAUUGUAUUGCCUCCUUUUGUUGAGGAGAAAUGACCUACCAGGUUCAUGUAGCUUUAGAAGCCAUUUUAUCAUAAAGUAUAUUUUAAUAUUUCACUUAAGGUACAUCUAUCAUUCCUAAAUGCACUUUGUAUUUUUUUUGUUACCCUUUGAUGUUUGAUUCAAUACGCAGAAGAACAAUGAAUAGUUAUGACUAGGGGUGUACCGAUUCAAUAUUGUUAUCAGAUAUUUGUCCGAUACCAGCAAUAAAACUGGUAUCUGAUUAUAUCAGCCUGCAUCUACAAACAUCUGAUAGAAGAACUCUGACACAAGCAGCCUUUUCUGUUCCUGCUAACGACUCUUCCUGCUAUUUUAGCAAACAGAUACCAGAUUAUCUCCAUUUGAGAGUGUUUAAAACAUUAAAACUAGUGAUGUGUGCAUCGACACUGAAAUAUCGAUACUGCCGAUACCAGAUUUUUAUGCUCUAUUAUCGAUUUUUAAAUCAAAAUAUUGAUUCUUUUGAUAUUUUAGUUCAGGGGUGCUGAAACUUUUUCCACCAAGGGCCAAGUAUGCGGGGCCCAUAUUGAUAAUUUUUUAAAUUUAAAAAUAAAAAUGCUAAUAACAGUUAUUGGGUAAGAUUUGAUUAGAACAUUUCAGCUUUUUGUCAUUAAACACCGAUUUUUUUUCUCUUUUGCUUACAAUUAUUUCAUUUUUCAAUGAACUAACUAAACUUUGUUUAUGUUUUAGAUAUAAUUCAUUUUAAUUUUGAGAGCUGCUAAUAUUUUAGAUCAGGUGUGUCUAAACUUUGUCCACCAUUCUGAAAAGUCAAGUAAAACAUAUAUUAGAUAUAUUUAAAGACAAAGUACAUUAUUAUUAGUUAGAAAAUGUCAGCUAUUUGUCAUUACAUGAUCAAUUUUACUGUUUAUUUUUUUAGAUAUACCGUAUUUUUCGGAGUAUAAGUCGCUCCGGAGUAUACAGUAAGUCGCACCGUCCGAAAAUGCAUAAUAAAGAAGGAAAAAAACAUAUCUAGGUCGCAUUUUUUGGGGAAAUGUAUUUGAUAAAACCCAACACCAAGAAUAGACAUUUGAAAGGCAAUUUAAAAUAAAUGAAGAAUAGUGAACAACAGGCUGAAUAAGUGUACGUUAUAUGACGCAUAAAUAACCAACUGAGAAUGUGCCUGAUAUGUUAACGUAACAUAUUAUGGUAAGAGUCAUUCAAAUAACUAUGACAUAUAGAACAUGCUAUACGUUUACCAAACAAUCUGUCACUCCUAAUCGCUAAAUCAGAUGAAAUCUUAGACGUCUAGUCUCUUACGUGAAUGAGCUAAAUAAUAUUAUUUGAUAUUUUACGGUAAUGUGUUAAUAAUUUCACACCUAAGUCGCUCCUGAGUAUAAAUCGCACCCCCGGCCAAACUAUGAAAAAAACUGCGACUUAUAGUCCGAAAAAUACGGUAUAUGUUAUUUUAGCAGACACAUUAUAAUUGCACAAAGUAUCUGUAUCGGAUUGGUAGCGCCAUUACCAGCCUGAAUUUUACUUGGUAUCGGAUCGGAAAGAAAAUCGCACAUCACUACUAAAAACUGAAAGUACAGAAGUAUAAAGUAUGUCAAUGUAGGUUACAUGGGAUAUAAAAUAACUUCUCUGUGACAUUCCAACAUUUAAAACCAAUGCGCUAGCUCGAUGCUAAUUUACACUGGGUAUGCCGUUUACAUGCUACUGAUUAGCAUUAGUGAUUUUACAACACCUCCGAAUUUGCAAAUGAAAAUUACAACUAAGAUGUACGUUUACAAUCAAACAGCUGAUGUGUAAUAAGUGCAAUACUUGCAGUACACACACUUUGUAGGACUCAACAAGAGACACAACUGGCACGUUCGACCUAAUGGCAAAGACUAUUUCCUAACUACGGCAGCACACCUAGGACAAACUGAAAUUAAUUUAUACUUGCAAAUGAUCCUAAAAUUACCCUGAUAUCGAUAUCGGACAAUAGUCGGAAGUGAAAAAGCUGUAUAGGGACACCCCUACUUGGUUUGACUAAAUUACUUUUGCUGCAACAGUAUUGAUUGUGCAAAACGUUGUGAAAGAAGUGCUCAUCUCGAUCAACGCUCUGCAACUUUGUGUCCGUCCUCCUGAUUGCUUUUGAAUGAUUUUACCACUCAGACAUAUUUAACGAUCCGUUCCGCGGUACCAAAGGACGCUGGUGAGUAUUUCAGAGUAAGUGCUCAAGAGUACAGUAUAUGUCGAUGCCUUUGUGAAGAUGUACUUCUGUCUUUUACCAUGUGACACAUAAGCUUUGUCCUCAGUCCUGCUUUUUAUCUCCUUGCUCGACUCGCAUUGUUCUUGGAUCGGAAGUAACGAAUGCGAUUUGAGGAAGUGGCGUAUUAACGUGAGAUUUACAUUUGGAAGAGUUGACAAUCCUAGACUUUGGUAUUGACGUUUCCAUAAAUGUGAGUAGGUAAUAUUAAUGUAGGUCAAUGACGUGUUAUCAUGCUGCAUCUUAAGGCCUGACAUUGUAUGACAGCUAGGUAACAAAAUUAGUGUUGAGGAUUUUGUUUUGCUAUUCUAACAUGUCAGUUCAUGCAUAACAAGGCGGAGCUGCUUAUUGAGCAUUUACAUAAGAUACUGACGAUAAAUACUACACCGUUGUAUCUCAUUUGAGCCAGAAAAAAAUUGAGUUUCGUCAACCAUGAAUAUAUGGUUUAUUUUAAGCCAUUUUUUUUUUUUGGAAAUGCAAAGUAUUUCAGUGCUUUAUUCAUGCCUCUCUUCGAAAUAUUGUUUUUUCCAUAUUGUUUGGUUUUAAUAUUAACUCAAUAUCCUAAAAGAAAAGGUGUUCCUGAUUGUGUGUUGUUGCUGUUUAAUCAAUGUAUGGUAUGCCAAAUGUUGCUUUGGGCCAAUACAAGCUGUGUUAGAAUGACUUACUUCAGCCUUAAAGGGAGUAUUUGAUUGUUACAGUACUGUAAUGUACAUUAUUUUUGUUUAUAUUAAAAGAUUGCUAUGUUUUGUUUUAGGCAAUCACAUUGUC